AUGCCAGAAAGAUAAGGACAAAAUCGUCAAUCAACCAAAAAAGAAUCGAAACGCAUUCAUUUCUGUCUUUGUCGUCUUCGAAAAUCUUCAAAAACAGGUGCACCCCCUAUCCUUAACCUUUACUUCACCUGCCCAAGUUUAAUCUCACACACCGUUAUUACUUAAACCAACCCUCACUUUGUUCUAUUCACACCCCCUUUCAUCCUCUUCUUCUCCAUUCACCAAUCUUCCAUCUUUCUCGUUGCAGCAGAACCAAAAUCCAAAAGGGUAUUCAAUUCAUCCGUUAAAAUGAAGCGUUCACUUUCAAUUUCAUCAGCAACGAGCGAGGAUAGAAAGAUGAAAAAGCUGAAGGAGACAGAAAUUGAGGAAGUUUCCGACAAGAAUCGCGGGUUAGCGAGUUUCGAUGAGAACAUGUUGUUUGAGGUUCUGAAACACGUGGACGCGAAAACGUUAGCGAUGGCUGGUUGUGUGAACAAACAGUGGCACAAAACAGCGCAAGACGAGAGACUUUGGGAGCUGAUCUGUACGAAACAGUGGGCCAACACUGGUUGCGGUGAACAACAGUUGCGAUCUGUGGUUCUUGCUCUUGGUGGGUUUCGUCGUCUUCAUUCUCUUUAUAUUUUGCCUCUCUCAAAACCUCAAACAUCAUCGUCAUCGUCAUCAACAUCAUCGUGUUCCUCGUCUUGGGGUCCAAUACCAAAGGUGGUUCGGCCGAAACCGUUACCUCGUUUAGGGAAAGACGAGGUUCAUCUGUCUCUUUCUCUUCUCUCUAUUCGUUAUUAUGAGAAGAUGAAAUUUCAAUAACAGAAACCUAUGAAAUUUAAGAAUUCAAUCCUCCAUUCCUAUGUUGAUUGUUGUUUUUUUUUUGUUUUGUCUGUCUUUCCUAUUAUUUGGAAUUGAUUUUUUUUUUUUUUUUGUAAUUUGUGAUAUUUAGUUACCAGAUCUGGUUUUUAAUUCUGGCAAUUAGUAUGUCUAAGCCUGUUGAAUUGAAGGGUUGUAUUUUAAUUUUAGUUUUAAUUUUGAAUUAGUAUGAUAAAUAUAUAUAUUGAAUUUGGAAUA